UUGGCUGGAUGCAGUUAGCCCACCGAAGAGCUAUAGUUUCGGACUGUUUUGGCACAAGGAUUUCCACCAAACAACGCGAUGUGGGACUUCAUUGUGCCAGUGUGCGUCAGUGAUUUGGUGAAGACUGGAGGCAUCAAUCAGUAUGUGGUUCAGGAUGUUGUCUCCCCCAAACAACUGGCCUCUCACCUCCACAGUUUCAGGGCUGCACUGAGGAGCCAGGGUCCACUAUGUAUCUUGGAGCACUUCGACACUGCUUACAGCGUUCUGCAGCAUUUCCAGGCUGUUGACAUAGCUGUAAAAGAAGACACCUUGGAGUUGCUUGUGCAAGUGGUGAGCGGGCUGUCGGUGUCCCUGCCCUCCCUCCUCCUCUCCACCACACUCUCAGCUGUGGACAGAAAGCAGCAGCUCAACGCUGUCAAAAUGGCAGUAUUCCUACUCUGCAAACUGACUGAGCACUUGGAGAGUGACUCCUACAGGCAAAGUAUCAUCACUGCACCCAGCAAGGGCAGUAAGAAGGGCAAAUCCGCCAGCGAGGGCCAGAUACAGUGGGACACUGAGAGGGAGACAGUGCUGCAGGCCCUCACACAGCUGCUGCAGUUAGACAUCAGGACGCUGUGGAGCCUGUCACUGGUGGAGGAGGAAUUCGUCAGUUGUGUGACGUGCUGCUGCUACAAGCUCCUGGAGAACCCUGCCAUCAGCCUUGUGAAAAGCAAGGGCAGUCGUGAUGCCAUCAUCCACCUGCUGGGGGUGCUGGUGAAGAAGUACAACCACCUGCUGGGUGCCAGUGUAAAGGUCAUCCAGCUGCUGCAGCACUUUGAGCAGCUGUCCUCUGUGUGUGCCCAGGCUGUAGCUGUUUGGAGCUCUGAGUAUGGUGUCAAGGCCAUUGUUGGGGAGGUCAUGAGAGAGAUUGGUCAGAAGUCGAGUGAGGAGUUGAGCAGAGAGGGUUCGGGCGUGAAGGCUUUCUCCUGCUUCCUGUCGGAGCUCAGCACUCUGGUGCCUGAUGUCAUGUUACCCAACAUCAGUGUGCUGCUCACACACCUGGAGGGAGAGAGCCACAGCAUGCGCAUGGCCGUGUGUGAGGUGCUGGGGGAGGUGCUGAUCCGGGUGCUGAGCGGGGACGGGCUGAAUGACACAGCUCGGGCCGACAGGGACCGCUUCCUGGACACCCUGCAGGAGCACCUGCACGACACAAACUCUCACGUCAGAGCCCGCGUGCUGCAGGUCUACACCCGUAUCGUCAACAGCAAGGCUCUGCCCCUGUGCCGGUACAGUGAAGUCAUGGGGCUGGCCGUGGGUCGCCUGAUGGACAAGUCAGUUAAUGUGUGUAAGAACUCAAUCCAGUUGCUGGCGGCCUUCAUCGCUCACAACCCCUACAGCUGCAAGUUGAGCAGCGCUGAUCUGAAGAAGCCCCUGGAGAAGGAGACGGCUAAGCUGAGAGAGCUCAGGGAGAGGGGGAAAGAGAAGGCUCCUGUGGCAGUGAUCGAAGCGUCAGAGCUGUGGGAGGCUAUGGAGCCCGAACUGCUGCAGACCAUCAGGGCCGAGCUGGAGCCAGGCAGUGAGGAGGAGCAGGGGGAGCGGGAGGAGGAAGAGGUGGAGGAGAGCGAUCGGGACACAGCUGUGAAAAUCGCACAGUUCCUGAGGGUGAACAAGUACAGGCAGGCUGUGCGACUGUGUGUUCAAGCCCACAGUGUGUUCCCUGAGUCACAGCUCUUCUCUGCUCUCUCCACCCUCACCGUGCAGUCUGUCACGGACACACUGGCUCUGCUUUUCAAAGGCUCAGAGCAGGAUCCCCCUCAGAAAGGGGAGGAGCAGCCCCCUGCCCCACAGGAGGAGGGGUCAGGGAGGAAUGAAGCAGAGGAGAGUGAGCUAAAGAAGCAGGAGAUGUUAGUUCAGUACCUGAGGGACACAGAGAGCUUUGCCCUGCAGGUGGAGAAGGCCAUUGCGGUCAUCAACAUGAUGCUCUACUGGAAAACCACCUCUGUGGUACAGGAGGCUGUGCAGUUCUGUGUGACCGUGUGCGAGUUCAGCGUGGCUAACUCUCUGUCGGGAGUGAGGAGGAUGCUCCCACUGGUUUGGUCCACCGAUGCUGCAGUAAAGGAAGCAGUUGUUCAGGCCUAUAGGAGGCUCUACCUCAACCCACAGGGCGACACCACCAGAGCCAAGGCUCAGACCCUGGUGGACAGCCUCUCAGAGCUGAUGGUGGAUGCGUCACUGGGGACUAUCCAGUGUCUGGAAGAGAUAGUGCAGGAGUUCUUCAGCAGCGGGAGCAGUCUGCAGAACAGUGUGGUGCAGGUCCUGUGGGAACGCUUCACUGGGAAGCAGGAGAGCUCCGCCCUGCAAAGGCGUGCCGCUGUGCUGCUGCUGGGCAUGGCGGCAAGAGUGGAGAGAGAGGUCGUGCUCAGUAAUCUGGACACUUUGUGCUCUGUGGCUCUUGGGGAGAAAGUGACUGAAGACUUCCUGCUGGCCAGAGACACGGUCAUCGCCAUCUCCCAUAUCACUGACCACAACAAGCAAACUAAAAACAGCCCUCCAUUCAGACUGCCUCAGGACCACCAGCUAUUCACCUGCCUCACUCAGGCCAUCGCAGAAGGUGUGGUAAUGACUGACCCCUACUGGCAGAGCUUCAUGGAGCAGGCUGUCCGUUUGAUCUACUUCCUAGCGGAGUCACCUGACCAACUCUGCUCCCGCCUGCUCCAGCGAUGCUCGCGCCUGCUAUUGGACCAGAUUGCUGAGGGAGGAGAAGGCAGUAAGGAGGGUGGACAGUCUCAGGGUGGGCAGGCUCAGGAUGAAGAGGAGCCAGACAACUGUGUGUCUCUGGCCCAGCUGCUGGCGCUUUGUGGGAGUGUGGCCUUCUGGCAGAUUUCUCACCUGGAGCGCAGUGUCAGCGUGGAGCUGCGACGGAGGAGAGGGGAGAAUGAGGAGAGAGAGGCUGCAAGCACCUCCAACAAAUCCAAGCAGGCGUCCAAUGAGAGCUGUGUGGAGGAAGAGCUGGGAUUGGUGGGUGCCUCAGCAGAGGACACGGAGGCGGAGCUUAUCCGCAAGAUCUGUGAGACUGAGCUAUUAGCAGAGGAGAACCUGCUCUAUGCCUUCCUGCCUUUGCUGGUGAAGGUGUGUAGCUCUCCUGGCCGGUACUCUCACCCCCAGCUUACCACCGCCGCCUGCCUGGCCCUUGCACAGUUCAUGAUGAUCAGCCCCUCAGUCUGUGAGGAGAACAUUAGGCUGCUCUUCACAGUGUUGGAGAGGUCCACCCUGCCUGUGGUCAGAGCCAAUACCAUCAUUGCCUUGGGAGACCUCACUGUCCGCUUCCCCAACAUACUCGAACCCUGGACUCAGAACCUCUACGCCAGACUGAGUGACGAGAGCUCCUCGGUGAGGCAGACUGCAGUGACGGUGCUGACGCAGCUGGUGCUGAAGGAUGUUCUGAAGGUGAAGGGGCAGGUCAGCGAGGUUGCCAUGCUGCUCAUCGACCCCCAGCCUCACAUUGCCAGCCUGGCCCUCAACUUCUUCAACGAGCUCGCCACGAAGGACAAUGCCAUCUACAAUCUACUCCCUGACAUCAUCAGUCGCCUGUCCGACCCUGAGCGAGGGAUGAAGGAGGAAGACUUUCAUACCAUCAUGAAGCAACUCUUCUCCUAUAUCACAAAGGAGAAGCAGACGGAGAGCCUGGUGGAGAAACUCUGUCAGAGAUUCAGGACGGCAAAGACGGAGAGGCAGUGGUGUGACCUGGCCGUUUCGCUGUCCCUGCUCUCCGUGUGUGAACGGGGAUUCAAGCGGCUGCAGGAGUGCUGGGACUGCUACAGCGACAAGCUCGCGGAGCCCGGCGUCUACCAGCCCCUGCUGUCCAUCAUGUCCCGCCUGCGCCGCGGGGCCAAGCCGCAGCUCAAGUCCCAGGUGGAGGACUUUGAGAAGAAGCUGACUGCAGUUCACACAAAAGGGCUGGAAAACGUAGAGAGCGGAGAGACAGAAGAGCAGAGAGAAGGGGGAGAAGCGGAGAGUGUGUGCACUCCGCAGCCCCUGAGCAAAGGCGGCCGCAGGCCCACAAGAGGUAAAGGGAAACACUCCACCUCUUGCUUAGAGGACAGUGACCUUGUGACCCCCAAGCCACGUCGCAGGCCCCCCAAGAAAACGCAGAUCACCUUCAGCAGCGAUGAGGAAGAGGAUGAUGCUGUGCUGGCAGAGAGUGAGACGCCCAAAGUGACCACGCCUAUUUCACGCUCCUCUCGACGAACACGGCUCAGACACUGAUUUUACCCCCUUUUUAAUUGCCCCCCUCUCUUCUCCUUCAUUACUAGUUGAUUUAUUUCGUUUUUUUGUAUGUCUGUCUAUGAAGCACUUGAGUAUUUAUCAAUG